UUCGGAAAAGAGUCGCCCGUGUUGUAAAAAGACACGACAUGGGUAUGAGGCUGGCUUUCUUUGACUGGGCGCUUCGUCAUUCAAAGCUUCCCAGGAAUCCCAACUGCCUUCAAGCACCACUCCUCCAUCUGCACUUUCCCACGCGGAACACAACUCAAACUAAACCUCGUUACAGCGGUCUGACAAACAAGCCAGGAUGGCGGACCCCAGGAUAACCUCAGACGAAGCGGCAAAAAUCCACGCAGCAGCUGUCACGCGGAACUACGCUGUGGAGCCUCGCCUUGACUACAGAACCGUUGCCGGUGUGAACGGUCCUCUAGUCAUCCUGGACAACGUGAAGUUCGCGAAAUACGCCGAAAUCGUGGAGCUCACACUUCCGGAUGGAACGAAGCGCUCGGGACAAGUUCUGGAAGUGCAAGGGAAAAGGGCUAUCGUCCAAGUCUUCGAGGGAACCUCGGGAGUCGAUGCUAAAGCGACACGGGUCGAGUUCACGGGUGACACGCUCAAGAUUCCAGUAUCUGAGGACAUGUUGGGUCGUGUGUUUAACGGAUCUGGAAAGGGGAUCGACAGAGGGCCAAAGGUCUUUGCGGAGGACUACCUUGACAUCCAAGGUCAACCUAUAAAUCCCUUCUCGCGUAUCUACCCCGAGGAGAUGAUUCAGACCGGAAUCUCGGCCAUCGACACCAUGAACUCUAUCGCCCGUGGACAGAAGAUUCCCAUUUUCUCAGCCGCUGGAUUACCACAUAACGAAAUCGCUGCCCAAAUUUGUCGACAAGCUGGUUUGGUCAAGAAGAUCGACAAGGGCGUUUUGGAUGGACACGAGGAGAACUUCGCCAUUGUCUUUGGAGCUAUGGGUGUAAACUUGGAGACUGCGCGGUUCUUCAAGCAAGACUUCGAGGAGAAUGGCUCGCUUGAGCGUGUCACCUUGUUCUUGAACCUGGCUAAUGACCCUACCAUCGAGCGUAUCAUCACCCCACGUCUGGCUCUCACGACCGCGGAGUACUACGCCUACCAACUCGAGAAACACGUGUUGGUCAUCUUGACCGACAUGAGUUCAUACGCUGACGCUCUUCGUGAGGUGUCUGCUGCCCGUGAAGAAGUCCCCGGGCGUCGUGGUUACCCAGGUUACAUGUACACGGAUUUGUCCACCAUCUAUGAGCGUGCCGGUCGUGUGCAAGGAAGGAACGGCUCGAUCACCCAGAUUCCCAUCCUCACCAUGCCGAACGAUGAUAUCACUCACCCCAUUCCCGACUUGACUGGUUACAUUACGGAGGGACAGAUCUUCAUUGACCGUCAGUUGCACAACCGACAGAUUUACCCACCAAUCAAUGUUCUCCCAUCCUUGUCUCGUUUGAUGAAGAGUGCCAUUGGUGAGAAGCUCACCCGGAAGGACCACGGUGAUGUUUCCAAUCAGCUGUACGCCAAGUACGCCAUCGGACGAGAUGCCGCUGCCAUGAAGGCAGUCGUCGGAGAGGAAGCCCUGAACCAGGAAGACAAGCUCGCUCUCGAGUUCCUGGACAAGUUCGAGAAAACCUUCAUCGCCCAAGGUUACUACGAAGGCCGCACGAUCUUCGAAUCCCUGGACUUGGCAUGGUCCCUCCUGCGUAUCUUCCCCAAGGAAAUGCUCAACCGAAUUCCACAGAAGGUGCUGGCCGAGUAUUACCAGCGCGCCAAGGCGACAAGGGCGGGCGCUGCUGCGUCGGAGCCGGCUUCGUCUCAAGCUCAAUAAGGGGCAUUUGUAUGAUUAGUGGUUGUGUAUUGAAUGAUGAACUUCUUUUUCUUACCUUAUGUGUGACCGGGUGAAUCGAAUGGGUGUGCAUACGGUCGUUUGCGUGUUGACCGUCCAUCAUGGUCUUGGAGGGUGGGAGCCUUGCGAGUAGAAAUCAUGUAAAUGACAGCGCGAUGCUCACGUGAUGAAACCGUUC